ACUAAUUUAUAAAUGAAUUAUAACUUGUAAAUAGGAUUCAUUAUUUAAGAAAAUUUUGUUUAUUACGACAUGCAGAAAGCAAUGUUGUUCAAGAAAUUUUUGAUGCCCUGUGGACUAUGUGCUGCAGUACCAGCAAUGAAACCUGUCAGUCCAUCAGAAGAUCAUACUAAGCCAUGUAGUACUGAAUUGCAACCAAAAAAAUUAAUAAAACCAUCUGAACUACCCAUUUAUUCUAUUGAAGAUGGGUAUUCUAAACAGAUGCCAUGUGCAGAGUAUCCUCCAUCUGUUGUAGAGGAAAAUAUUAGAAAAGUACGUAAAUCAAUACAAGGAUUAAAAGUCAUAUUUGAUGGUCUUUCCCAGAAUGUUUCAUCAAGUAUUAAUAAUUUUAAGUUUAUAAUUGAUUACCUUAAAGACGAAAGUAAUCUUUGGCCACGAGCUGGAGCUGUUGGUAUUGGAGGCCUAUCAGGAUUGGUACUAGGUCUUAGAGGAGGAUUUUUUAAAAGAUUUCUAUAUACCACAGCAGGUGCUGGUACUGUUGGGGCUGUUUGUUUCCCUAAAGAGACAAAAGAAGCAUUUAAUGUAGUGGAACACUAUGGAAACAUUGGUUAUAAUUUCAUAUAUGGUGUGAAACCAGGAGAUGACAAACCGGAAAUUUCAUUUAAAGAGUUACCAUUAGUGAAAAGUGUACUCGAAUCAGAAUAUUUUCAGAUACUAACUCGACCUUUUGAACAGAAAGUGUCGAAUACUGCAACUGAGAAAAAGGAGGUAAAUCCACUUGAAGGUAAAGCAGAACUGAAAAAGGAAUGAACCAUUUUAU